CGGAAGCCCGUUAAGCGAAAGCUUCUUCUAUUCCAUCCGCAACAAUUUGAACCAUUUGGGUAGGGGGGACUAUUGAAAGUUCGCGUUACAGUUGUGCAUCUCCAAUUGUAGUCCACGGAUUGUAAUAUGUUAGCCGCGUCAGAUCCUAGGAGACCCAAUAAACUUCGAAGAUUCGUCCCAUUAUCACAGGAUGCCCCUCCACUAGACCAAACUAUAGACUAUCUUAAUUUUUUCGGAAUAGUCUUAAGCAUGUGUGGACUGUUGUUUGAAAUGAAGUUUGCUGCUUGGUUGGCCGUCGUUUGUGCUUUCACAACGUAUGCCAACUCAAGAACUGGGGAAGAUACAAAACAGCUGAUCAGUGGCUUCAUGUUGUCUAUCAGCGCACUUAUAAUAUGUUAUAUGCAUAAUCCACAACCUAUGCAGCUUCCUUGGUGAUUUUCUUGUAAAUUAUGCGGAUUUUUUGAAAUAAAAAUUGGUUGUACUUUGACUUCUUGAUUUUAAAUCUCGGAUUCACUCACUUCUUUAAAUAACUUUUCAUUAUUCUAGGCUGAAUUACCACCCCUUCAGCUCCCUGCGGGUUCAUACAAUCCAGUCAAUAAGCGUGUUAUAUAUGUUGGGGGACUAUCAGAGCAAGUUGAUGUACCUCUUGUUCGUGCGGCGUUUAUCCCUUUUGGAGACAUAGUUAGUAUUAAUAUGCCCAUGGACUAUCAAACUGAAAAACACAGAGGUUUCGCUUUUGUUGAAUUCGAAGAAGUUGAGGAUGCUAUGAGUGCCAUUGAUAAUAUGAAUGAAAGUGAAAUAUUCGGGCGUACCAUCCGUGUUAAUGUGGCAAGACCAGUACGCAUACGGGAGGGUUGGAGUCGACCUGUCUGGUCGGACGAGAAUUGGUUAAAGAAAUAUGGCAGUGCUCCAUUAGAAGGACGAAAACUGGAUGAACCUGAUAUCGUCAACCCAUCAGAUUCUGCAGAAAAUGUUGAAGACUUGAGUGACGAAGAAAUGCGAACCAAAAAACAAAAACGAAAUCUUCCUCGGGUAUUCUUCGAUAUUCGAAUUGGAAACGGAGAUGCUGGUCGUAUAGUGAUGGAGCUUCGGUCAGAUAUUGUCCCGAGAACUGCUGAGAACUUCCGUGCCUUGUGUACAGGAGAACGUGGAUUCGGUUAUCACAAUUGUUGUUUCCAUCGAGUUAUACCACAAUUCAUGUGUCAAGGAGGCGAUUUUGUAAAAGGGGAUGGGACCGGUGGCAAAUCAAUAUAUGGACGUAAAUUCGAUGAUGAAAACUUCCAACUCCGACAUGAAGGGUUCGGUGUUCUUUCCAUGGCGAAUUCUGGACCAAAUACAAAUGGAUCUCAGUUCUUCAUUUGCACAACAAAAUGCGAUUGGCUUGAUGGCAAACAUGUUGUUUUUGGUCGAGUAGUGGAUGGACAAAAUGUCGUAAAAAAGAUGGAGUCCGUUGGAUCGAAAUCUGGUAAGGUCAAAGAACCCGUUAUUAUUUCUCGGUGUGGAGAAUUAAUUUAACACAUCUGGAUUGUAAAAUGGAAGGAGAAAUGUACAGUUUUAUUUUUAAGUGUUUUUCAACAAUAUACCAGUAUUGAAAUAACUGACGGUAGUUUUUAAUUAUUUCAAAGUUGGAAAUAGGUAAUAGACAGACAUUUAACGUUUCGGUUUAUAGUUUUAAGCUGUCCAUAAACUAAUUAAACAGUGACGUAGAUAAACGGAUCGCUGCAGAUGAUAACUUUGAUCACACCAUGCUAUAAAUAAUUUGUAAGCAGUACGACAGCAAGUCUGAUUUGAGGUGACGUUUAAAUUAGUCUGAAUUCAACUACCUUCCACUCAUCAGACGGAGAUCCCCACUUUAUUAGACAGUAGUUCCUGAUCUACAUAUUCUUAGUAAUUCUGCUAACCUUAAUCUCAUGAAGGAACUGAGGCAGUUUUCGAACAAAUCUCGUCGUGCUUUAAUAGGUUCUUCGAUUCGUUUUGAGAGAAAUGUACAUACAAUAGGUUUUUGUCUAUUUCUCCGAAAUUUUCUCAGUAGCAUGUGCCGCAUCACUUAACAUUGUAUCUUUUAUGGUAUUACUACCCAUGUUCAUUAAAAUUGGUUUCCUCACACUUCAUUGUUAUGAGAAUAAAGCUUUUACAACUAAGUUAUUCCGUAAACUUAUCGCAGUGGUUCAUUGAAGACGCCAGCGUAUUCACUGGCUGUAGCACUAAUUUUGAUUCAACAUUUCUAACCUGGUUUUCUAGGUUAUUUUAUUCUUUUAUCUUGAUGAUUCAAUUCGUCACCGACUAAUAGACAUCUGGUAGAUAUAACUAGAUGCCACUUCAAUUUGGAUUAUGUGAUGUUAUACGAAGUUUACAAUCAGACCAACAAGUUUUAUGACAAUCCUUUUAUUACGUUUAACUUUUACAACUAUCUCAGCAUUAUUAGCAUGUUAAGUUUUCUUUAGUUUGGAGAUGAAGAUUUCAACAAAAUUAUUUCCUAUACGUAUGUUUUAUUUAUCUUGUGAUUCCUGGUACCACUUUUAGGAGUACUAAUGAAUAAUACAUAAAAAUAAGUUAGUCAGAAGUGUAUAGCCAGCUACUUGCGACACAAAUAAUAAAAAAUUGCAACUAAU